UGUGUCUGCCUUAAGUCUUUCCAUUCGCGUUCUCCGCCGCUGAGGGUCACCAUGAAGACCAUCAAUACCAGCCAGAAGGUGGUUAUCCCCAAGGAUGUGGAAUUCAAGAUACGUAACCGUGUUGUGACGGUGAAGGGCCCCCGUGGUACUCUCACACGUUCAUUCCAAAUGCUGAAGCUGAACUUCCAUGUAAGGAAGACUGCCAAGGGAACCAUUGUUAAUGUUGAGAAAUGGUUUGGCAAGCGCAAGGAAGUAGCUGCUGUGCGCACUGUGUGCACACACAUUACCAACAUGGUUAAGGGAGUGACAGUUGGUUUCCAAUACAAGAUGCGUGCAGUAUAUGCUCAUUUCCCCAUCAACUGUGUCAUCUCCAAUAACAAUCAGUCUGUUGAAAUCCGUAACUUCUUGGGUCAGAAGUACAUCCGUAGAGUUGACAUGCAAUCAGGAGUUACCAUCACUGCUUCUCCCAAGCAGAAGGACGAGUUUGUUGUGGAGGGAAACUCCAUUGAAGCUGUCUCACAGUCAGCUGCUAGGAUCCAACAGAGCACCACUGUUAAGCACAAGGAUAUCCGAAAGUUCUUGGACGGUAUCUACGUUUCAGAAAAGGGCCAUGUUGUGGAGACUGAAUAAAUAAUUUGGCUGAGU